AUGGAAGAGGCAAGCCGUGAUUUGAGCAUCAACCGGAAUCGCUGCGCCGUGCUGUCUGAGUCCACUACUUCCGGAGAGUGGGGACUGCUCAAAAGCCCGGGCCGUCAGUCAAAGCUGCGUGGAGAGGCCAAGGCAGCCACAGUCAAGCGUGAAGCCGACGAACGAUACUUGUCCGCCCAACGGAUGAUUGCGCUUGUUUAA